AUGAGUACACAUAAACACCAUGUGAAUGUCUACAAUUCUAUGUGGCACAGGUCAAAACACUAUACAAAUACGGAGCAAGGUGCCCACGAACGCCGGCUCCUCGGAGAUCUUCUGGCCAACUACAACACGCUCGAGCGCCCGGUCUUCAACGAGUCCGAGCCGCUCAUCCUCAGCUUCGGUCUCACCUUGCAGCAGAUUAUCGACGUAGACGAAAAAAAUCAGAUAAUAACAACAAACCUAUGGUUAAACCUGGAUGAAAAUAAUCAACUAAUUAUUACAAAUAUCUGGUUAACCUUGGAUUGGAUUGACGUGAACCUCCGCUGGGAUCCAAAGCUCUACGGCGGAGUGCAGGAAGUGCGGAUCCCGCCGAGCAAAAUUUGGAAACCCGACGUGCUGAUGUACAACAGCGCGGACGAAAAAUUCGACGGGACGUAUCCUAGAAACGUUGUUGUCCGCCACAACGGCAGCUGUAACUACAUCCUACUGGGUAUAUUUAAAAGCACGUGCAAGAUCGACAUUACUUGGUUCCCCUUUGACGACCAGAAGUGCGACCUCAAAUUCGGUUCGUGGACACACAGCGGCUACCAGUUGGACCUGCGAGUCAAAAGCGACGAGGGAGGAGACCUAUCCUCCUACAUCUCCAACGGCGAAUGGGACCUCAUUGCCGUGCCGGGUAUCCGUAACGAGAAAGAGUAUGCCUGCUGUCCGGAGCCGUACAUCGACAUCACGUACACGAUACACAUCCGGAGGCGGACUCUGUACUACGGCUUCAAUCUCAUCAUCCCCUGCGUGCUCAUCUCCUCCAUGACCCUCCUCGGGUUCACCCUGCCUCCCGACACUGGAGAGGGGCUCACCCUGCGCAACUGUGCUUAUAAUCAUAAACGGCAAAAUAUACGGAAGGUAGAAUAUAAAUGA